CGCGAUUGUUGAUACACAAAAAAUCAUUUGUGACUAAUGAAAAGAUUCUUUAAAAAUUAAGUUUUUGCUUCUAUUUGAGUGAUAAAAUGAGUCAGAUUUAGUAGCAUUUAAGACACCACGAUGAGUAGUGACAAAGUUCUUUUUCGAAUUGACGAACCCCACGGUCAAGGUGAUGUAGCAUUUGUAUGGCAGUCAGGUUCAACGACAAAUUAUCUUGCUACAACCGGUAGUGAUGGAACCGUAGCAAUUUAUAAUCGUCAAGGUCAACUGCAAGAGCGAAUAAUUUUACAAGGCUUGUGUGCUGGGUUCUCUUGGGACUGUUUUGGAGACAUAUUGGCUAUUAUUACUCAAAAUACAUCGCACAUAACAAUAUGGGACUCAAAUCAGAGGAAGAAGCAAUUGAUUGAUACUGGUCUACGUGAUGCACCGAGUUGUCUAGUUUGGUCGAAGAAAGUGCAAAUCUUAGCAGUGGCAACGUCGAGAGGUAACUUAGCCUUAUAUAAUCAUCAAACAUCGAAAAGAAUUCCAAUUAUUGGAAAGCAUACGAAGAGAAUCGUUUGUGGUGCAUGGUCAGCAGAAAAUAUUUUAGCUCUUGGUAGUGAUGAUAAGACAAUGUCUAUUAGUAACGAUGAAGGUGAUACUUUAAGGACUGUACAAGUUCGUGAUGUUCCCAGUGAUAUGAAUUUUGCAGAAAUGAAAACGGACGAACGUGUUCCUGGAGAAAAUACAAUAAGUAUGAUUGUUGGGAAACGUACAUUGUAUCUUUAUCAUCUCCCGGAACCUGAUAGUCCAACAGAACUUGGAUUUCAAGCUCGAUAUGGAAACUUGCUUCAACACAAGUGGUUUGGAGAUGGAUAUAUCUUAUUAGGAUUUUCAUUGGGGCACGUUGUGGCAAUAUCAACUCACCCACGUGAAGUUGGACAGGAAUUAUGGCAAGUUAAGAACCAUCGAGACUCCUUAUCCAGCAUAGCAAUUUCUAAGGAACUAGAAUUAAUAGCCAGUUGUGGCGAUAACAAUGUUAAAGUUCAUUCAAUGUCAAAUCUCCAGGAAACUGUGAAAAUCUUGACAUUGCCUGAUCAAGCUGGGCUGAAGAAUGUUGAUUGGAGUUCUGAUGGACAAUUAUUGGCAGUCUCAAGCAGUCAAGGUGUCAUCUCUGUAUUUGUUACAAAGUUACAGUCAAUUUAUGCAGUUGCACCACCAAGAAUUGCUCUCCUUUCAAGCCUGGCUGAAGUGUCUAUCUACCAUUAUUCACCAGAAAAGAACAAGACUCAGCCAUUGAUGGUAACAUUAGAAAUUGAGCCUACAUUCCUAGCAAUCGGUCCAUAUAAUCUCGCAUGUGGAAUGAAUAAUCGAAUUUGGUUCUAUGAUUUGGGACGCUCAGUUACUGAUAAUCCGGUUAUCUUGGGAGAUCGAGAAUACAUGGCAGAAGUGAAGCAAAUUCAAUUGAAUACAGAUUACUGUGCUGUUCUUUGUGGAAGUCAAAUUAUGCUUCAUUCAAUUGAGAACACAUCAAACUCCCAAAUUGGAACCAACUUGAUGUCAUCACAGGACAAAGAUCCGAAAAUAUUUCCAGACGAAUUACAGGGACUACACGACACAAUUAUUACAUGUCUAAAUUUAACAAAUGAUUUUCUAUGUUUUGGCACUGACGUUGGGCACUUGAUUCACUUUUCUUUGGAACAUUGGAGCACUCUGAUACAAUAUCGACACUCAAUUGGCAUUAAAUCUAUAUUUACUGAUUUAGAAGGAACGCGUGUUGCAUUCAUAGAUGAACACAAUCAAGGUUUUGUCUACAUGCCGACGAUCGAAGAUUCAAUUUCAAUACCCAAUUUACCAAAACAAGUCAGUGGCAUUUUAUGGGAUUUUUCACAUCCAUCUAUAUUUGUAGCAUUUGACAGUAAGAUCUGUUCUACUUACAUAUUUGUUCGACAUUCAGUCGACGGUAAAUGCGUACGAAAAAUUGGCGACUCGCAAUUACUUACCGAUCAAAUUCCUUUAAUGCUGUAUGACGGCGAAUUGUGCCUUUAUAGUAAUGGAAAAUUAACAUCAAUAUCGUUGGAUACGCAUAAAUUCUCAAUCGCCAUGAAGACAUCUGAGCAAUUAAGUCAGCUUAUAAAGUUACAAAAGUAUCAAGAGGCGUGGGAUCUUUGUAUAGCUAUUAAUGACACAGAAAGCUGGAUAAUGUUAGGAAAUGCUUGCAUCAAUGAUCUCGAAGUGAUUUUUGCCAUACGUGUGUACCGUAAGAUUGGAGAUGCUGCAAUGGUCCAGUCACUAGAAGAUAUUAAGCAUCAUGAAGACAUCAACCUUCUAGCAGGGCAUUGUGCUGUUUUACUUGAUAGACAUGACGAAGCAAAGCAAUUGUUUGCAAAAAGCAGCAAUCCUCUUGAAGCUUUAGAUUUAUGUCGUGAUUUAUUACAAUGGGAGCAGGCAAUGGCACUAUCGAAUAAUUUAGCACAAGAUCAAAUGCCAUUUAUAGCACGUGAAUAUGCACAGCAGCUAGAGUUGAAUAGAAACUAUACUGAAGCUUUAAUGAAUUAUGAAAAAGCUAUGGGUGAAUAUCGCAAUGAAGUGGAUAUCCAUGGCGAUGAUCCAUUCUCAGAACAUUUAAGGCUGGCUAAGUGUGGAAUAGCUCGAUGUUCUAUAAGAUCUGGAAACUUUUCAAGUGGAAUUCAGAUUGCAACGGAAUUAAGAAACAAACAGCUAUGCUUUGAAUGUGCUGAGGCAUUGGAACAAGUCAAUCAAAUUUCUGAAGCUGCUCUGGUUUAUGAGAAAAGUGAGGAAUAUGACAAGGCAUGUGGACUUUAUAUCCAACUAAAACAAUGGCAAAAAGUUGACAAAAUCCUUCCGAAUGUCACAAGCAUAAAGCUACAUGCGCUGCAUGCAAAAGCAAAGGAAUCAGAAGGAAAGUUCCGUGAAGCUAUUCAAAGCUACACAUUGGCUAAUGAUUUGGACAGUGUCGUGAGGAUUCACCUCGACUACCUCUCUGAUCCACACAGUGCUUCUGAAAUUGUCCUUGAAUCUCGUUCUGUUGACAGUGGAAAGAUGUUGGCUAAGUUUUACCAAAAGAUUGGCGACCAUGAGAGUGCACUCCAGUUCCUGAUUGUAUGUGGGUCAAUAAGUGAUGCUUUUACAUUAGCUCAUAAGCAGAAUAAAUUAAAACAUUAUGGAGAGUUACUAGAGCAGCAUGAUGGCGCUAAACCAAAUGAUUUCUUAGCACUUGCUCAGUAUUUUGAGAACGAGAAGUAUACACUCCUUACUGGAAAAUAUUACUUCCUCGCCAAAGAGUAUUCAAAGGCUUUAAAAUUAUUAAUUAAAGCUGCUAGUUUUGGCAAUGAGGAACAGCAGGCAUUGUCUUUAGCUAUCGAUUGUGUUGCGUCUUCAAAUGAUGACAAAUUGGCAGGUCAACUAAUUGAAUUCCUUCUUGGCGAAACUGAUGAAAAACCAAAGGAUCCAAAAUUACUAUUCAGACUUUACAUGGCACGAAAACAAUACCGCGAAGCUGCAAAAACUUCGAUCAUUAUAAGCCAGCAGGAACAAAUCGCUGGAAAUUAUAGAAGUUCUCACGACCUGCUUUAUUCUAUGUAUCAAGAGCUAAAAAGGAACAACUUGACUGUCGCUAGUGAUAUGAAGAGUAAUUUGAAUCUACUCCAUCGCUAUAUCCUUGUUAGAGUUCAUGUCAAGCGAGGUGAUCAUCUAAUGGCUGCAAAGCUGCUUGUUGAAGUCGCCAAGAAUAUUUCCCAGUUCCCGUCACAUAUCGUACCAAUCCUAACAAGCACUGUGAUCGAAUGUCAACGAUCAGGAAUGAAGAAGUCAGCCUUCAACUAUGCAGUCAUGUUGAUGCGGUCCGAAUAUCGAGAUCAAAUUGACCCAAAGUAUGCUAAAAAGAUUGAAUCAAUUGUAAGGAAAGCGCCAAAGAACAUAAAGCAAUUGAAUGAUUUUGAUGAAGACACGAUCUCAAAUGGCAGAAGCAAUGAUGAUGACGACGAUGAUGUUCAAAUGGCAAAGAGGAAAAGUACAAAAGAUGAAUCUAGUCCAUGUCCUUUCUGUAAUAAUAAUUUAAAUAAUAUGGAAGUGUCGUGUUUUCAGUGCAAGAAUACAUUGCCAAUUUGUAUUGCUACGGGAUAUCACUUGACAAGUUCUCGUGAUUGCUGUCAAUGUCCUGAGUGCCUUUUUCCAGCCUUUAAGGAUAGUUUGAUACAAAUAUUAGAAGCAACGAAGGAAUGUCCAAUGUGCAAUGAGCAAAUCGAUAUCAAUAGAUUAGAAGUAAUAGAAGAUAUCCAAGCGUUUAUUAAUGAGAUUAAUGCUUAGUUUAAUUAGGAGUAAAUGUGAAUUACAAGGAACUUGAUGUCAUGCAAUGAGAAUUAUUAAAUAAUAAAGAAUAAAGUUUAGUAAAGUC